AAAAUAUGUCGUUGCAAUUCUAACCUAAUACUCCUUACAUAUUAGCAGCUUUUUAUAGAGUUGGAUUAAAUUAAGAUUAAGCUUACUAACCAGAUUAGAUAUAUUAAGCAUUAGAUCAAUUAGUAUUUAAAAAUAAAAGAAUAAUAAAUAUAGACAGGAUAAGCUUAUGAUAGAGAUGUAGCUAAUUAAAUAUAUGAACAAUGUACUCCAAAUUAAAGAGGAUAAGUUUAAAUUGAAGAAUUUUCACAGGUUUUGAUAUCAGCUGAUGCAAUGUUAAAGAAAAAGAUUAAGGAUACUGAAAAAUAAAUUUAAUAAUCUGUAGAUGAAUCAAAAGAUUGUCAAAGAAUUAUUUAGGAGAUUUAAUGUAUUUUAUUUGAUAUAUUGGAGACACUCAAUAAUAAAAUCAAUAUGGUAUAGACACAGAUUCAUAAUUAAGUUUAAUAAUAAAAUCAGCUUCGGGAAUAACAACAUAAGAUUUUACUUAAAGUUAAGUAUCAGUAUCAGUUGAUAAUAAUGAAUAAAUUGCAUAAUAAAGUAGUGGAGAUAAAUCUAAUCCAAUAUUUAAUCAUUAAUUAGGAUUGUAAAAAUAAUUAUUUAUAUGUAUUAAUUUUUAGCCAAAUAAAAAGCGGAAGAGAAAAUGUUACUUUAAGUUUAUUGAUUUAAGAUCGAAAUUAAAAGAAAUCAUUAGUUGGUUAAGCAAAAAUAGAUUUAUCUUAAUUAUAAGAUUAAUAGGUUCAUUCUCUAUCAUUAUAAUUGUAAAAUGACAGAUAAUAAUUCAAUACUCUAACAAUUUUAAUUGAAGUGCAAUGGAUUUAUAAUAAAGUAAUUGUUAUAUAAAUAUUUAGUUAAAUUAUUAUAAAGAAAUGAUUUAGUAAUUGGAAAGUAAUAUUUAAUAGCAUUAUAGCGAUAUAGAAGAUUAUAAAAGAGAUCUAUUUGUAGUUUAAUAGCCUUUUCUGGAUAAUAAUUAGAGAUAGAAUCUUUAAUCUUCUUUAAAACAAUAACAAUCUUCAAAGGUUUAAACAAAUUCAGCACUUCAUUAUUAAUAAUAAUAACAUUAGCAAUCAAUAUCUAAGCCAACUCCAUCAUAAUAAUCAUAGAGAUAGAAUCAAGUUGAUAUUCCUCAAUAAUAUCAAGGAGAAGCAUCAGAAGAACUUAGUGAUGAAAUAUAUUAUGGAUUCAUUCUGUAUCUCUUGAUGAUAGUUUUAUCAUUGUUUUAAUGUUUUGCAAGACCAGCCUAUGUGGAUGUAACAUUCAGAAUAUAGACUUAUAGAUUUUAUUAGGCACUUUGUAUUUGUUGAUCAUUUUCAGAGAUUGUUUUACUCCAGAGUAUUUAAAAUUUGUAGGCGUUAUCACUGUUUUUACUAUAGUUUUAGACAUUUUUUGGAUAUCCAUUUAUAAAGUAAUUAUUAAUAAAUUAUACUAGAAUUGGUGGAAUGGUACAGAUAAAACACUUCCUACUUGGGGAGAAGCAGGAGAUCCUAUUGUUAGAAUUACUAUUGUUUUUUGCAUCUUUAAUAUGAUUGUCAAAGUAAAACAUAUAUAUUAUUUAUAGAUUGCUUUAUGUUACAUUAUAUUCCAUUAUUAUAAAGCAGCUUAAUCAAAUUAAGUCUUAAAGUUCAAAGCAUGGGAGUUAGAAUUCUAAAUUGGAAUUUUAAAAUAAAAUCUCUUUACUAUAGACAAGAGACUCUUAUCUUGA